CCUAACCUCCAGUUACCGGCCAUCCAGUCUGUAAAGAAAAUCAUUCACGCUGACUACGUACACCAAGACCGGCAUACAAAUGUCUCCUACAAGGCUAAAGUGUGGCAUUUUCUGCUUCUUUCCAUAAGCUGCUGCCCUAAGAUGAGCUCCAUUGCUGACAGAGAUGACGGGAGUAUAUUUGAUGGACUUGUUGAAGAAGAUGACAAGGAUAAAGCAAAAAGAGUGUCUCGGAACAAAUCAGAGAAGAAGCGCAGAGAUCAGUUCAAUGUUCUCAUUAAGGAACUUGGCUCUAUGCUGCCAGGCAAUGCCAGGAAGAUGGAUAAAUCCACAGUGCUGCAGAAAAGCAUCGACUUCCUGCGCAAGCACAAAGAAAUUAGUGCUCAGUCUGAUGCUAGUGAGAUUCGACAAGACUGGAAGCCAGCUUUCCUUAGUAAUGAGGAAUUUACACAGCUCAUGUUGGAGGCCCUGGAUGGAUUUUUCUUGGCUGUUAUGACAGAUGGAAAUAUAAUCUAUGUGUCGGAGAGUGUUACGCCCUUACUUGAACACUUACCUUCUGAUCUGGUUGAUCAGAGUAUAUUUAAUUUUGUCCCCGAAGGGGAACAUUCCGAGAUAUAUAAAAUCCUGUCGACACGCAGCUUGGAAGGUGCUCCUUUGGGUUCGGAUUAUCUAAAAACAAAAAACGAACUUGAAUUCUGUUGCCACGUGUUGCGGGGAACAGUUGACCCAAAGGAACCUGCUACAUAUGAAUAUGUCAAAUGCAUUGGAAAUUUCAAAUCUUUAAAUAAUGUGCCCAGUUCUACACACAAUGGAUUUGAUGCUGCAUUACAGAGGUCUCUCAGGCCUGCAUAUGAAGAGAGAGUCUGCUUUGUAGCAACUGUAAGAUUAGCUACACCUCAGUUUAUUAAGGAAAUGUGCACUGUCGAGGAGCCUAAUGAGGAGUUUACAUCCAGACACAGCCUAGAAUGGAAGUUUCUCUUCUUGGACCACAGGGCUCCUCCUAUAAUAGGAUAUCUACCUUUUGAAGUGCUGGGUACUUCUGGAUAUGACUAUUACCAUGUGGAUGAUCUGGAGAAUCUUGCAAAAUGCCAUGAACAUUUGAUGCAGUAUGGAAAAGGCAAAUCUUGUUACUAUCGUUUCCUCACAAAAGGGCAGCAAUGGAUAUGGCUACAGACUCGAUACUACAUCACCUAUCAUCAGUGGAAUUCUAGGCCAGAGUUUAUUGUUUGUACACACACUGUAGUAAGUUAUGCAGAGGUUGGUGCAGUGAGAAGGCGAGAAUUGGGUAUAGAAGAUUCACCACCUGCCAUCAUCUCAGAUAAAAACCAAGACUCUGUCUCAGACAAUCGCAUACAUAAGGACAGCCUAAAGGAUGUUUUGGAAAGGUUCGAUGACAGCAGGACACCGUCACCAUCAUCUAAGAGUUCCAUCAAGUCAUCGUCUCACACAGCUGUGUCUGAUCCAUCAUCGACCCCUACUAAGAUUCCAACUGAUACCAGCACCCCUCCACGACAAGCUUUAUCUGGUUUGGACAAGAGGAGGUCAUCAAUUAGCAGUCAGUCAAUGAGCUCUCAGUCCCUUAACCAGUCGUUAACACAGCCAAUACAGAAGCAGCAAGCUACUGCCAUCUUACAGCCUGGGAUGACACAACCCAUUUUUCAGUUCACGGCACAGUUUGGAGCCAUGAAGCACUUAAAGGACCAGCUGGAGCAAAGAACACGCAUGAUAGAAGAGAAUAUUCACCGACAACAGGAGGAGCUGCGAAAAAUUCAGGAACAGCUGCAGAUGGUCCACGGGCAAGGCUUCCAGAUGUUUUUGCAGCAGCCUACGCCUAGUCUAAAUUUUGGGCCGGUGCAGACAUCCUCUGGAAAUGGCUCCAACAUGCAGCAACUGCCACAGUUUGCCAUGCAGGGUCAGGUGGUGCAAACCAACCAGCUGCAGGGAGGCCUGAACACCAGCCACAUGGGAGGCCCCCACAUGCUGCAGCAGCAGCCUCUACAGAACACCAGCCAGCAGGGACAGCAGAACAUGCAUGGUGGGCACUCUCAGCAGACAUCUAUGCCCAGCCAGCCACCGGGAUCACUAGCUGCUCCUCUCUACAACACCAUGGUGAUCUCACAGCCAUCUACUGCUAACAUGGUACAAAUGCCAUCGAACAGGCAACAAACUAACCAAGGGGCUGCUGUUACCACAUUUUCCCAGGACAGGCAAAUCAGGUUUUCCCAAGCUCAGCAAAUAGUGACUAAACUGGUGACCACGCCAGUGGCUUGUGGGGCGGUUAUGGUCCCCAGUACCAUGUUUAUGGGCCCAGUGGUAACUGCAUACCCAACAUUUGCUACCCAGCAGCAGCAAGCACCACAGACCAUUUCCAUUACUCCUCAGCAGCAGAACCAGCAAGACCAGCAGCAGCUCCCAUCUGUUCAGCAGCAAGCUCAAGCACAACUUGGACAGCAGCCACAACAGUUCUUGCAGGCAUCCAGGUUGGUUCAUGGGAACCAGUCAGCUCAGCUCAUCCUCUCCUCUUUCCCUGUACAACAAAGCACUUUUGCUCCAUCACACCAGCAGCAGUUAAGUCGGCAUAGGACGGACAGUAUGAGCGAUCCCUCUAAAGUCCAGCAGCUGUAACCCUGACAUGUGAUGGACUUGUUUAUAGAAGACAUGAAUGGCAGUAUUGAAAACCGAUAAUCACUACCAAUGCAGCACAAUGAAUGUUUGGUACGAGGCAGCAGAGCGGAUGGAGCGCCUGUCUGCAGUAUUUAACAGUUGUGUGGUGAGACUGGCCUGGCAUAUUGUCUAUUGCACAUCGGUGUGUCAGAGCAGAUUUUAUUUUUUGUAAUUCUUUGGUCGUGGAGAUGCCUGCACGCUCCCACCUACUAGAUAUAUUAAUCUAAUGUCUGAAAGCUGCUGUUGGAUAUUCGUUUUUUUAACUUUAAUGCUGACACGUUUUAGUGGCCUUUCAAAGAGAACAUAUAAGAAGAGUCUAUGUUAGAGGUUUUCUAUAAGAGUACACAUAUUUUGGAAGAAUAUAAAUGAUAAUGUAUACUAUAUACCCUAAGCCCAUAUGCCUAACCCACUACUGAUUAUUUUCCAGCUCACACUUUUCUCUUGCACAACACUGUGUGUGAUACAUAAGCACAUUUACCAAAGCAUUCUGUAUGCACUCUUUAUGUACCCACCUGGUUGGAUGUAACCUGAAG